AAUACUAAUUUGUGGUCACAAAAUAUAAAUUUGGGGUAGCCAUUUUUUAAUGGCAUGACCAGGGCUCCAUAGAAACAGAAUUUUGCCAAACAUGAAGGGAGACAACUGUUUCUCAGCCUCAUUUCUUUUAACUGGUGCUUUUUUGAAUCAUCUAAAAUGCAUAAUGUGUAUACAAUGUGUUUUCUGCUAAAAUGCCAGACAACAGAACUGAUUUGUUCGCUUUUUUAGCUAUUAUUUUGUUGCUGUUGUAAAUCGUUAGAAUGUGCUCAAUUUUACGUAUUUCUGUUCCAAUACCGUUUUAGGGCUGCAGGACUGCGGUCUGUCUGUUUAAGCACCUUGGAGAACUCCGCGCCACAGCAGGGCGCGCCUCUGGAAUCUGAAUCGCAAUUGCGCGCAAGAUACGUCAAAUACGGGCGGAAGCAACCCGGGCUCCUGUUGUUACGGAGCUGCUUUUGUCUCCUCUUUUGUUGAUGGAAUUGGCUUCUUUUGAUUUUAAACUCCCUUUCUUGUUGUUGUCUUUGUACGCGAUGAGCCUGCGGGUACAGGACGAGGGAUGCGCAUCGUUACUCCUAUAGAUCGUGCUCCCCAUCAUUGGCUGGGCGCAGAUGCAACCCAAUCCAGCGUGUGUGCGAGGUAUAAACAGCAUGGACACUGCGCAUUCCGGAGCCUCUAAAUAUAUCUAAUAUUAAGGCCAGGAGACACAGGAGGGGGGGCUCUGGUGGUUUAUUCUGGGACAUUUCACUGUGAGGACGCACCACUUGAAUUAUCUUUCAGAGAUUGUGAUUAAAGCUCUUAAAAAAAAGAAAUGCCAUCGACUUUCAAUGUGAGAUCCAGGGUCCGGGAGAGAAACGGGGUCCUGAAUCGACCCGAGUUCAUAUCCCUCAACCAGCAGCCCAGCGGUGGCCCCGCAGAGAGCCGCCGCGGCUCCAGACGCGCGGCUCCCAUGAAGCCCCAAAGCAGCCAACAGAGCGAGGAACCUACCGACAGCGGCAGCAGGGACCGGAGGGAGUCCACCAAAAUGCCGGAGGAAGACUGCAUGCAGCUCAACCCUUCCUUCAAGGGAAUAGCCAUGAACUCCCUCCUCGCCAUUGACAUCUGUCUGUCCAAGCGCAUGGGGGUGUGCGCCUACACGUCGUCCUCCUGGGGAGGCUGCCGCUCCAUGGUCUCUCUGCUGGCCCUGACUGGGCACGGAAUCACGUGGAUCCUUGGCACUAUCGUGUGUCUCACACGGAGCAACACUCUGGCUGGACAAGAGGUCCUGGUGAACCUGCUGCUGGCUCUGAUCCUCGACAUCAUGACAGUGGCCGGACUCCAAAGACUGGUGAAGCGAAGAGGACCCUGGGAGAUGUCGCCAGGCUUCCUGGACUGUAUCGCCAUGGACAAGUACUCCUUCCCCGGCGCCCACGCCAGUCGGGCAGCCAUGGUCUCUAAGUUCCUGCUGUCCCACCUGGUUCUGGCGGUGCCUCUGCGCAUCCUGCUGGUGCUGUGGGCCUUCCUGGUGGGCAUGUCUCGGGUGCUCCUGGGCAAACACCACCUGACGGAUAUGGUGUGCGGCUUCGCAUUGGGAAUGCUGCACUUCAGCCUGAUGGAGACAGUGUGGCUCUCGUCGAACACCUGUCAGAAUAUUAUUUCCAUCAGCACGCUGAGCUGGAGCCCUUUUUUCUGAGCUUUUGAUGCAAGGCUGCUUAUUUGAUAUUUUGGCCUCGUUGUUGGUUUUGUGAAGUUAUUUUCACAAGAGGCAGAAGAUUUGACUGCGGGAUGUGAACAAAUACUAACGUUUGACCUGCAUGCUAUGCCCAAGAAAGGCUGGGCAAGAAAUACAGCUUUAAGCAUCAUCUGCUGCUUAGUCUCACUUAAAUAGGAAGUUUGGAGGAUUUACAUUUGGAAAUUUUUUAUUAAUAAUUUUUGAAAAGUGUAGAAUCAUUGAAAUGUGUUAGAAUCAAACUCUGUAGCAUCUCUAUUUCUCUUUUCCUUCUCUCUUUGACUUUGCGUAACACUGAGACCAAGAGGGAGCUUGAAGCACAGUUUGGUGUUGAGAAAAUGGACGAGGUGUUAAAGUCUAUACAGUUGUCUUGAUGGUGUUGGUGAUAGAGAUUUUUCCAACUCGCAUGUCAAUUUUCUUCCUAUUUUUCACGAUUGAUUUACACGACCUCAUUUCAUUAAAUAAAAUUGGCAGCUAAAAACUUCAUGCCUUAGUAAGUUCAUCAAUUCUGCUUUUGAAAUGUUAGAAAGCGUUACUAUUUUGGUAGAAUCGUCAAAAAUUAAUAUUCUCUUUAAUUGUAGAAGUUUCAACAAACCCUUGCUAAACGCGUAAGUGUGUGUUUUAUAGAUUUUGUGACACCAAAUGAGCUGAUAUAGAUGCCAGUUUGACAUAAACAUGCAUAACUUUUGCAUUUGGUUUAAAAUCCAGAAGGAAACUACUGAGCCCCUCAAGAGACAGCGAAAUAAAAAAAUGAUAAAUAAAUAAGUGACCAGUUACUAUCUGGUGCGCACCAGAUACUAAUUGCUGCACACCAGAAAGUGUUUUUUUAUGUUUUAUUUUUUAUGUCCCCUUAGGGGCUCCGUAUAAAAGGACAUCAAGGUAAAAGAAAUGUGAGUUAAAAAAAAGGAGGUAAAAGAAAAAAAAAACAUAGUAAGUGGUGCGCACUUGAUUGUAAUUGGUGCACACCACAAGCUAGUUGUGUUUUUUUUUAAACCUUGUUUUUUGUUGCUUUAAUGUCCCUUUAGGGGCUCCAUAUAAAAGGACAUUGAAGUAAAAAAAUAUGAGGAGAUAAAAAUAUAUAUCAAAGUAAAGGAAAAAAACAUAGUAAGUGGUGUGCACUAGAUAGUAAAUGGUGCACACCUGAAACUUUUUUUUUUUUUACUUCAAUAUUUUACUUACUUUGAUAUCCCUUCAGGGGCGACAUAUGAAUGGAUAUCAAAGAAAAAAAAUGAAGUAGAAAUAGAAAAAAACAUAAUGAAGAUCAAUAAAAACAUAGUAACUGGUGUGCACAAGAAACCACUUUUUUCUUAAUCUUGAUGUCCUUUAAGGGACUCCGUAGGAAACUUUCUGUUUAAAAAAAAAAAAGGGUUUAUAUGAUAUUUGUGGAUUUUUAUUUUCUAUACAGUAAGUUCUAUGUAUAACAUGUAUUUUUCAUUUUUUUGCUUCAUGUCAUUAAUAAAAUCUAUUCAACAAGUUGAAAAGAACUUUGUUUUUUCUACUGUUGUUCCACGGAUAUAAACUAAAUCUGUGCACCACCACGGAGCUCUCCUGCGGGCUCCAACCCUUGACCUGGCUCCAGAGUUGGACCUCGAGGAAGACAAUCUGGGCGACAUAGUGGAAUUUUUCUUUAGUUUUAAAAUAUCCAGAAAUACUUCCGUUUUUUUGUUGUUUUUUUUACUUUAAUGCAGCUGGCCUGUGUAUUUGGGAAGAAA